UAACCUCAAAGUUGAAUUACCAUUUUAUCCUUCACUUAAAUAUUUUUUCUAUUAUUUAAAAUGUAGAAGUAUUUUUAAUAAAUAAUUAGAUAAUAAACUUUAAAGUAAUAAAGUUAUAAUGAGAGAUAAAUAGUCAUUCAAACAAAUGAAGUCCAAACAUUUCAAAACAUCUCUUAUUUAAUUUGAAGUUAAAGAAUUUGAAGAGUUCCAUUAAUAAAAUUAUAUAAUGAUUUUUCCAACAUAAUACAUUAUUUUGAUGUCUUCUCGUGACAAUAGCAUGUGAGUUGAUUUAUCUCACAAAAUUCUUCUUCAAAUUUUUCAUGUUUCUUUUGAUCAAUAAAUUUUAGACAUAUAUGUAUAUAGAUAGAACUAAUAUUACAUGUUUUGUUUCAUUCUUUUCAUAGAAAAUUUAUGUUUUUAUCGCAACAUGUGAUAAAUAAUUCUAAAGAGUUUUUCAUUUGGACAAAAAGUCUGCUCAACAUUCAUGAGUGCAUUCGAUGCAUUCUUCAAGAAGGUUAAAGGCGUCAUGAACAUUUAUUUGUUGUUUGGUCGAAGCUUUUCUUCAUCUUCUGUUCAUCAUCUUUGCUCUCCCACGGAAGCUUAUGCUUUGCUUCCGUUCAAGCAAUCCUUUCAAAUUCUCGACAACUUUAGUUGUUUGGAUUAUGAAUUCCGGCAUCAUGAUUACCCAAGAACAAAGAUGUGGAAUGAGAGUAGGGAUUGCUGCACUUGGGAUGGAGUCACUUGUGACAAGUUAACCGGUCAUGUUAUUGGUUUAGACCUUAGUUGUAGUCAGUUUGGUGAAAGUAUUCAUCCCAAUAGCAGCCUCUUCGAACUUGAUCAUCUCCAGACACUAAAGCUCGAUAACAAUAACUUCAAUCAUUCUUCAAUCCCACACAACAUAGGCCGGUUGACGAAUUUGAGGCAUCUACAACUCUCUGGCUUCGAUGGGAGAAUCCCAACAGAGAUCUCAUACGUUACCGAUUUGGUUUCACUUGAUCUUUAUUGUUCAAAAUGUGAGCUUGAUGAGAGAACAUUUGAAGCAAUGCUUAAGAACUUCACAAAUCUCACUAGCCUAGACUUCCUUGACUUUUCAUCAAAUAACAUCACCGGCGAUGUUGGAAUAAACAUCACCUUUCCUAGACUAUCAGCUUUGUUCUUAUCAUCUUGUGAACUGAAGGACUUUCCACACUUGUUGAGAAAUUUAAAGACACUUCAGUUCUUGGAUAUUUCUAACAAAAAGAUACGCGGUGGAAUCGCUAACUGGUUUAGCAACAUGAGGUGGGACUCUUUAGAGCACCUAAAUGUUUCACAUAAUUUUUUGACAGGCCAUCUAGGAGAAUUUCAUUAUCAUAAUUUAGAGUAUUUUGAUCUUAGAUUUAACUUUCUUCAGGGUCCACUACCUUCAUCUAUAUGUAACCUAAGCAGCCUUAGAAUUCUGGAUUUAUCGCGCAACAACUUCAGUAACUCGAUUCCAAAUUGCUUGCAUAUCAUGGCUAAGCUAACGGUGUUGGACUUGAGAAGUAACAGUUUCAGUGGGAGUCUUCCACUGUUAUGUACUCAAAGCACUUCAUUGACGACCAUUGUCUUAAAUGGUAAUCAAUUUGAAGGAUCUGUCCCUGAGUCGUUACACAACUGUGUUGGCUUAAAAGUUCUUGAUUUGGGAAACAACGGUAUAAAUGACACAUUUCCAGCUUGGCUUGGAACUCUUGAAGAGCUGCAAGUACUUAUAUUAAAGUCGAACAAGUUCCAUGGACCUAUAAGUGCUAGAGAGAAGUUUGGAUUUCCCCAGUUGCGAAUUUUUGAUCUCUCUCAUAAUGCAUUCAAUGGCUCACUGCCUGCAGAUUUUUUUAGAAACUUCAAGGCAAUGAUGAAAAAUGGCACAGACAAAAGUGACAGUAGAUAUAUGGAAACACCCAUUUUCAUUAGACAUAAGAUAGUCCUACCACUUGAGUUCGAGCUAAUCAGCAAUAAUGAAGUGUACGAGGAUUCAGUGAGGUUGGUGAUCAAAGGAAACGAUAUGGAUCUAGAAAGAAUCAGCACAAUUGAUACAGCCAUAGAUCUCUCAUGCAACCAUUUUGAAGGUGAAAUUCCAAAAUCACUAAAGGAUCUCAGCUCACUUAGGCUACUCAAUUUAUCCCAUAACAGUCUCAAAGGUUCUAUUCCAAUGGAAUUGGGGAAAUUGAAUACACUUGAAGCGUUAGAUCUCUCUUGGAAUCGGCUCACUGGAAAGAUUCCACAGGAAUUGACAGCAAUGAACUUUCUGGAGUUCUUAAACCUCUCUCAAAAUCAUUUCGUUGGACGCAUUCCUCAAGGUUCACAAUUCAGCACAUUUGAAAAUGACUCAUAUGGUGGCAACCUUGAUUUAUGUGGUCCUCCUUUAUCAAAGCAAUGUGGAACAAGUGAUUCAUCGCAUGUUCCUCAACCACUGGAGAAAGAAGAAGAAGAAGAAAAUGAGUCGUAUUUUUUUAGUGGAUUUACGAGGGAAUCAGUAGUCAUAGGCUACAAUUUUGGACUCGUUGUUGGAACUAUCAUGUGGAGUCUCAUGUUUAAAUAUCGUAAGCCAAAAUGGUUUGUGGAAUUUUUUGAUGCACUCAUGCCUCCCAAAAGAAGAAGGUCAAAGAAGAGAGCUCAGAGACGACGAACUUAAUGGAAGAUUGAAAGCAUUUCCUUUUAUUUGUUUGUAUAUGCUUGAUAUAUAGCAAUAUAAUUGUAUGUAGCAUUAAUGUUUUUUAUCUCUGUUUCAUUUUAUUUCCAACUGUACUGAGUAAUUAGAAGAUUGCAAGAGUGAAGUUUUCUGUUUUUAAUUUUCUUUUUUGUUGUUUUCAUAUGCUUGAUAGCAAUAUAAUUGUAUGUGUUAUUAAA